UAAAGAUUUUUUUAUACGUACUUAAAGAUAAUUGCACACAACUUAAGAAGACUGGAGUCCUUUGGCCAAUAUAUUUCUCAAGGGAAAAAUUUGAACCAAAUUUUCUUCAAUUAAAUUGAUGAUCAAAAUAAUAAUUUUGGUCUAAAAAACAAAAAUUCCGCUUGUACACGUUGCCCCAUGAUUGAUGAAGCCUGGAUUUGAAACCCCAGGCAGACCGGCUAUCAUCGGUCAUCUUCCAGAGACGUCCAUUGCCCCUCUAGCCGGUUGCGCCCCAUUGCGUUUCUUGGAUUCGUGCCGGUCGUUUGAGGUUCGAGGAAAAAAAACAGAAGAAACUGUAAAAAUAAAAAAGAAAUAAAAAAGGGUCCAUAAUCUGCUUCUGUCCUUCCUCUUUCGUCUUCACGAAUUAAUCUAGGUCGCUUGUGAUUUUGCUAACAAGAUUCGCCGGCGCGUACUUACAAUCGAAUCAAUUUGAAUGGGUCGCAACGGCGUGCCGGUGUCGACGUCUUCCGCGGUGGGGUUGGCUGUAGCGGCCAUCGAGCUCACGGAAUCCUCCAGUUGGUGGCACGACGUCAAUGAUUCUCCGGUCUGGCAGGAUCGUAUCUUCCACGUUCUCGCUGCUCUUUAUGGGAUCGUAGCUGUCGUUGCUGUGGUUCAACUAGUUCGUAUACAAUUGAGAGUACCGGAAUAUGGUUGGACCACGCAGAAAGUCUUUCACUUUCUCAAUUUUUUGGUGAACGGGGUUCGAUGUUUUGUAUUUAUAUUCCGCCGGGACGUGCAGAAGUUGAAGCCAGAGAUUGUCCAACAUAUCAUACUUGAUAUGCCAAGUCUUGCUUUCUUCACAACGUAUGCACUCUUGGUCCUAUUCUGGGCAGAGAUAUACUACCAGGCACGUGCUGUGUCUACUGACAGACUGAGGCCAAGCUUCUAUGUAAUCAAUGCUGUAGUAUAUGCCGUUCAGAUCGCUUUGUGGCUGAUAUUAUGGUGGAAGCCCGUCAAUUUAUUGGUUGUCCUGUCGAAGAUGUUCUUUGCAGGGGUCUCUUUGUUUGCUGCUCUUGGGUUUCUUCUCUAUGGUGGAAGACUUUUCCUAAUGUUGCAACGCUUCCCUGUUGAAUCCAAAGGUCGGCGUAAGAAGCUACAAGAGGUUGGCUAUGUGACCACAAUAUGUUUUUCAUGUUUUCUUGUCAGGUGUAUUAUGAUGUGCUUUAAUGCAUUUGAUAAGGCCGCCAACCUUGAUGUCUUGGACCAUCCCAUUCUUAACUUCGUAUAUUAUCUGUUGGUGGAGAUAGUGCCUUCUUCGCUGGUGCUCUUUAUUCUGAGGAAGCUGCCUCCCAAGCGAGGGAUCACACAGUAUCAUCCAAUUCGCUGAAAAAGGUUGGAACAUAUGGAGGUAACCUGAAGAAAGGGUGUUAUCAAGUGCUUCCCUUAUUUCUUGGGAUGCUUCUUCCACUCCAAGAAUAGUUUUAGAAGAUAAGAGAAGCCGACCUUUCCUAUGUUUCCAGGGACAAACUUAAUGUCAUGAUCUGUAGAUUUUGAAACGAUUUGUCAUUUAAUGAAUUGGUCGUCUAUGUGCUGUGUGUUUUUGCUGUGAUGUUCUCUGAAUAGUGGCUGCUUUUCUGGUUCAGCAAAUUUGACCCAUGAGCAGCCAUUAUUAGAAGAGAACAGUGAUAUGGUGUAUCAUAGUCUUAAGUCGUCGUCUUCCUAUUUAUCACAUCCAGUUCAUAGAUACCAACUACAUUCAUGACUAUUGUGAAGCAUAAAGUGUACCUUCUGUGAGUUGAAUUUUAAAUUAUUUCACGUCUUUCAGAGCAUA